AUGUGGGAAGAAGAGAGUGUCAAUCCAACGAAGGUCAUUACCGGUAAUUUUACAGACUCCGAAUCUCUCUCUGUGACAUCAAAUGGUGAUAUUUAUAUUGAUGAUGGAUUUAAGAAUGGUCGAGUGCAGAAAUGGAUAGCACAAACAAAUACCUUCGUAACAAUAAUGAAUGUCAACUCAUCAUGUUAUGGUUUGUUUGUUGAUAUGAAUGAUACUCUUUAUUGUUCAAUGACUCAGCAUCAUCAAGUAGUGAAAAGAUCAUUAAAUGAUUUUGUGAUGACUUCAAAUCGUGUUGCUGCUGGAACAGGUAUUUACGGAUCAGCCUCCAACCAACUCUAUAGUCCUCAUGGAAUUUUUGUUGAUGUGAACUUGGAUUUAUAUGUGGCAGAUUGUUACAAUGAUCGCGUUCAGUUAUUCAAGUUGGGAGAGUCAAAUGGCGUCACAGUAGCUGGAAGUACAUCACUAAAUCCAACACUUACACUUCGCUGUCCAAGCGGAAUUAUAUUAGAUGCUGAUAAAUAUUUAUUCAUUGUGGAUUCUGGCAAUGAUCGUAUUGUUGGUUCAGGCUUGAAUGGUUUUCGAUGUUUAGUUGGAUGUUAUGAAAGUGGUUCGCAAUCCAAUCAAUUGUAUAAUCCAUUUAGUUUUAGUUUCGAUCGGUCUGGAAACAUAUUUGUUACUGAUUCAUAUAAUCAUCGAAUUCAGAAAUUUCAAUAUCUGGAAGAAUCAUGUAAUAAGUUUAGAAUGCUUGAAUAG